AUUUAUUCAUUGUGCUGGUCCAUUUUAUUUUGUGCGAGUAUUGUUAGUCUAAUAAUUAGCAUAAAAGAAUUUACUAAAAUUCACCAAUCUGUUUACAAAAGACAAAAACUGCGUAUUUGCGAAAAAGGCUUAUCGCGAAACCGCCACUAGCGAGCAAAUAAAUUUACUUGGAGAGUAAAGUUCGACAACAAUCACAACGAAAUAAACAGCUAUGGCUACGCGUAAGAAGUCUCUGCUUAAAGUGAUCAUUCUCGGUGACAGUAGCGUUGGCAAGACGUCACUCAUGAAUCAAUAUAUAAAUAAACGUUUCUCUAAUCAGUACAAGGCAACGAUCGGUGCUGAUUUCUGUACAAAAGAAGUAAUGGCUGACGAUCGAGUUGUCACAAUGCAAAUUUGGGAUACUGCUGGUCAAGAACGUUUUCAGUCACUGGGUGUGGCGUUCUAUCGUGGCGCUGAUUGUUGUGUACUUGUUUAUGAUGUCACAUCACCGAACUCUUUCAAAAAUCUCGAUUCAUGGCGUGAUGAAUUUCUAAUACAAGCGAGUCCAAGAGAUCCAGAUCAUUUUCCAUUCGUAGUGUUGGGCAACAAGGUUGACAUGGAUAAUCGACAGGUGUCAACACGACGUGCUCAACAAUGGUGUCAAUCUAAAAAUGACAUGCCAUAUUUUGAAACUUCUGCAAAAGAUGGCACUAAUGUUGAAUUGGCAUUCCAAACAAUUGCCAGAAAUGCGCUUGCUCAGGAAGCUGAGGUUGAAUUAUACAAUGAAUUUCCUGAUCAAAUCCGCCUUAAUACCGAUCGCAAUAAUCGCAAUGGUAAUGCUGAUAACUGCCAAUGCUAAUGUAAUUACCAACCAUCGGCAAGAAAAUGCAGUUGAAUGAAUCGAUAUGUCCGAAAAAAAAAAACAAAAACGUAAAAUAUUCAACCCGCGACAACAGCGGUUAUAGCAGAAAAUUACUGUCAACAGCAUAUAGACGCAGAAGAAUUGCAAUUGGUUUAGUAGUGAAACAAGCUGAAAUCUAAAUGCCUAAAAAUGCAUAGUUUCGCAACUAAAUGUAAUUUAAAUAAACAUAAUAAAUAAUAUGAAUAUUAUUAAUAAAUAUAAUACUACACACAAUUAUACAUAUACGAUAAAUAAUAAUACUAUGAUACAUAAUGCAAAGGGGUUAUAUAUUAAGUAAAACAAUUUAUCAAGAAAAAUAAAAUUUAAAAAAUCAUUAAUAAAAACGAAGUAAAUGCAGUUUUUUAAGCCGUAUAAGUGAAACAAAAUUAACAGUAGUACCAAUUUUUCGCAGUGUAAAAAUGUAGCCAAACAAAACUGAUACUAAAAAAUCAGUACUCAAUUUGGCCUUCUUAAUGUUUUAAGUACCUUUUUUUAUAACUGACAGCCAUCCUAAAUUGCAACAAACAUUAAUAUAUACAUACAUAUAUUUUUUUGGUAACCACAAAAACAAUAUUGAAUAUUUCGAAAACUCAACACUGUAUUUGGUUCAAUGAAAUAUGUGAUUUUCUAACCAUUCAUAAAGAAUGUAUUAACUGA